AACUGAUAUGAAAGCUCCGGUUGAGUUAAUGGAUCAGUUAAGUGGAACGGAAGAUUUGAAAGAAAUUGAGACAAAAGCAUUUGAAGAUAUUAUACCGGUUAAAGAAGUUUUCGAAGAGUAUGGUGCAGUAAUCUCCAAAGAACCAAGUACAGAGGAGGAACAUGUAACUGAUAUGAAAGCUCCGGUUGAGUUAAUGGAUCAGUUAAGUAGAACAGAAGAUUUGAAAGAAAUUGAGAUAAAACCAUUUGAAGAUAUUAUACCGGUUAAGUUAAAGAAUAUUGAAUUAUAA